GGAUAGAAACCACUGCAGUCAGGAAAUCAACACGGAACAUGAUCAGAAAAGUUAUCGAGUAUUGCUUAAUCGGAUUAUAGAGUUUACUGCAGCACAGUUUGAAACAUGGCUCACUGCACGGUGUGAAAACACAACUCUUCGCCAAGACGGUUUCACGUUGAAUAAGCGUGUUAUUAGAAGAAACUCCGAAAACUGCAGUCCAAAGACCACCAACCGGAUCACAUCUUGGCCAGGUAGGCUGUGUUGUUCCGUUUCCAAGGAAUGCCUUGCUGAUGUCAUUCUGGAGGAGGGCAGAACAGGUGCGCUGACUCAACUUCUGUGUGCGUUGUUCUUUGGCGAAGGACUGCAAACGGAUACUAAUUCACGCAACACAACCACCCGACUCCUGGUUUGAAGCGGUUCAGCAUCGGGUUAGGGAUCUUCUCCUAUAGCGUCACACAGUUCUCUAGGGUGACCAGUCCUGAGGCUCAGGGGGGCUCGGUGGUCCGAAGAGAGAGAGAGAGAGAAAGAGAGAGAGAGAGAGAGAGAGAGACCAGCUUUAUUUAGCCACUGCGCGUACUUCACAAAACUGUUUCCACAUUUUCCCUUUGUGCUUUAUAGUUUAUGAUUAAUCCUCGCAAGCGGUUAUAGUCUUGCGUGGCUUUUGGAAGUCAUUGGUGGCUCACUGAACGGAAUUACGCACCGGAACGCGCAGGAGAGGGGAGAGCGUGAGAGACACCGGAGCAUCACCGUGAUCCUCUCCCUCCUAUGCGACAGCAUUGACGCAGGUCUCGCAUCCCAGAUGUACACAGGUGGUGCUUAAAUAAUCCACGAUAAUGACAGCUCCACAAUAACAGACGACUGUGAUCAGUGAAUGGGCUGCUGUUCGCCCGAUGGAAUACGACGCCAGAGGACAUAUUGCUUCGUGUCAACUUCGAUAUCUGCCAUGAUUUAAACGUUUCAUGUCGCGGUUUAGGAAACAACAUUGGUCUUGCGUUUAAUAGCCUGCAUUCGUUAUUGGACUCGUUUGAACGCGUGGAGAGACAUCCAUCAUGUCCAAGACAUUGAAAAAGAAGAAACACUGGUCCAGUAAAGUACAGGAGUGUACCGUGUCAUGGACCAAUGAUGGGGAGUUCGGCACCAUGGUCGACAUUCAAGGGGGUGCGGAGUCGGGAGAGUUCCCCAACCUCGGACCGGUAGUUUCAGAAGCAAUGGUUUGUCACAUCGGACGGUUUCCCAGCCCCGGAGACGUGCUUCUGGAAGUGAACGGCACUCCAGUCAGUGGGCUCACCAACCGAGACACCCUUGCUGUCAUCCGCCACUUUCGGGAACCAAUUCGCCUGAAGACUGUGAAACCAGGUAAGGUGUUGAACACAGACCUGCGGCACUACCUCAGCCUGCAGUUCCAGAAGGGCUCCCUGGACCACAAGCUACAGCAGGUGAUCCGGGACAACCUGUACCUGCGCACCAUUCCCUGCACCACCCGGCAGCCCAGAGAGGGGGAGGUCCCUGGCGUGGACUACAACUUCAUCAGCGUGGGCGAGUUCCGGGUGCUGGAGGAGAGCGGGCUGCUGCUGGAGAGCGGCACCUAUGACGGGAACUACUACGGGACGCCCAAACCCCCCGCCGAGCCCAGCCCCGUGCAGCCCGACCCAGUGGACCAGGUGCUUUUCGACGAGGAGUUUGACACCGAGGUGCAGCGCAAGCGGACCCCCUCGGUCAGCAAGAUGGACCGCAAGGACAGCGCCGCGCCGGAGGAGGAGGAGGAAGAGGAGCAGCAGCGGCCGGCCCUGGUCAACGGCGUGAACGACCACCCGGACCCCGAUGCGUCCGAGUGGAGGAAGUCGGUGCCCAGCUACAGCCAGUCGGCCGCGGCCAUGGACCCACAGGCCUGGGCCGCCCUGUCCCGGGACGAGAGCCAGGACCCCCUGCCCAAGAACAUGGAAAUGGCCUACACAGAGACCGGCAUGGUCUACUUCAUCGACCACAACAGCAAGACCACCACGUGGCUGGACCCAAGGCUGGCCAAGAAGGCAAAGCCCCCUGAGAAAGGCGACGAUGGAGAUCUGCCCUAUGGCUGGGAGAAGAUUGAAGAUCCCCAGUAUGGCAGCUACUACGUGGAUCUUCCCCCGGUAAGUCGUGGCUACGAUGGCUCCAUUGAACGGGCCCUGGUCCAGCAGGGCUGCCACGCUCACGUCGGCGACGUGAUCGUGGACAUCAACGGCCUGUGCGUACUGGGCAAGACCCACGCCGACGUGGUGCAGAUGUUCCAGUGCAUCCCCAUCAACCAGUACGUGGACCUGGUGCUGUGCCGCGGCUACCCGCUGCCCGCCGACACCGGCAGCGGCAGCGACGCCUCGGCCGAGGCCAAGGACCCCUCCCAGACCCCCUCCCCCACCGCCCGGCCGGACCCCCACCACGACGUCCCCGACGGGGGCGUCACCCUCCCCAGGCAGGGCGCCGCCGUGGCCAACGGCGGGCGCCACCACCACCACCACCACCACCACCAGCAUCAUCCACCACAACAACCAGCGCAUCACCCGCAAGGGCACCACCACCAGCACCACCCGCAACCCCCCCAGGCGGCCCCGGAGGGCCCGGACCCCACCCUGCUGCAGCCCGAGCUGAUCGGCGUGCCGCUGGUGAAGGGGCCCGGCGGGUUCGGCUUCGCCAUCGCCGACUGCCCGCUGGGCCAGAAGGUGAAGAUGAUCCUGGACGCCCAGUGGUGCCGCGGCCUGCUGAAGGGCGACGUCAUCAAGGAGAUCAACCGGCAGAACGUGCAGACGCUGAGCCACGCCCAGGUGGUGGACAUCCUGAAGGAGCUGGCGGUGGGCAGCGAGGUCAGCGUGCUGGUGCUCAGGGGAGGCCAUACAUCUCCUGUCAAAUCCCUGAAACCAGCCAUGACUCAGCAUCCCGUAGUCCAGGCGGCGCCCCACCCCUCGGCCCAGCCCCUACCCCAGCCCGGGGCCCCGUCCGCGGGACAGCACAGACCGAUGGAGAGACAGGACAUGGCGGCCAGCACGGAGACCCUGAGUCCUGUAGAGCUGCCCCCCCAGCCCCUACCGUACUCCUCCUCCGGCACCCUGCUGCGCUCCGCCUCGCCCAAGCCGGACGCCUCGGAGCUCUACCUCAGGUCCCGGGCCAUGCUGGAGAGCCAGCCUCUCAACACUAAGGAGCUGGACGUGUUCAUCAAAAGGAACCAAGAGUCUGGCUUUGGUUUCAGAGUGCUGGGAGGCGAGGGGCCGGAUCAGCCUGUGUACAUCGGGGCCAUCGUGCCCCUGGGCGCGGCGGAGAAGGACGGGCGCCUGCGGGCGGGGGACGAGCUGCUCUGCAUCGACGGCGUGCCCGUCAAGGGCAAGUCACACAAGCAGGUGCUGGACCUGAUGACCAACGCCGCGCGCAACGGCCAGGUGCUGCUCACCGUCCGCAGGAAGGUGGCGCACGCAGACGUGGUCGGCCCGGAGGAGGGCGGCCCGCAGCCGGCGCUGGCCCUGGUCAACGGGUCUCCCAGGGUGCCGCGGGUGCUGGAGGCGGGGUCGCUGCCGCCGCCGCCGCCCUCGGCCCAGCAGCACGCCCGGCCCGAGUGCUUUGACAUCACGCUGCACCGCAAGGACAACGAGGGCUUCGGCUUCGUCAUCCUCACCUCCAAGAACAAGCCCCCCCCCGGAGUGAUCCCCCACAAGAUCGGCCGCAUCAUCGAGGGCAGCCCCACGGACCGCACGGGCCAGAUGAAGGUGGGCGACCGCAUCUCGGCCGUCAACGGGCGCUCCAUCAUGGACCUGUCCCACAACGACAUCGUCCAGCUCAUCAAGGAGGCGGGGAACUCGGUCACCCUCACCGUGGUGCCCGAGGACGACAGUGGACCCCCGUCUGGUGCCAGUUCAGCCAAGCAGAGUCCUUCAGCACAACACAGGGUCAUAGGCCCCCAGGCUAAUGUCCACACCGACAGGAACGGCCAUGGAGAGGACAGGAGGGAGUACAAGACCCUGCCCUCACGAGAGACGCCAGGCACCAAGCAGGGCUGCUUCGUGGUGGAGCUGGAGCGCGGCCAGAGGGGCUUCGGCUUCAGCCUGCGGGGGGGGAAGGAGUACAACAUGGGCCUGUUCAUCCUGCGCCUGGCCGAGGAAGGGCCAGCCCUCCGCGACGGGAGGAUACACGUGGGGGACCAGAUCGUGGAGAUCAACGGCGAGGCGACCCAGGGCAUCACCCACACCAGGGCCAUUGAGCUGAUCCAGGCAGGGGGCCACCGGGUGCACCUCCUGAUGCGCCCGGGCCAGGGUCUGGUCCCCGAUCACAGCUCAAAGGACAAAACAACUAUCCCGAUGUCCGGCUUUGCCAGGCUCUCUGUAUCUGAUGAGCAUCCAUCCCCAGCCUCUCCGCCCUCCGCCCCCGAGACAUAUCCAUUCCCACCCAACACCACCCCCACCCCCACCCCAGGCCCCGAUGACACCCUAGGGGUGGGCGCCCCCGAGCGCGGGGGGUCGACCCAGCGAGCCCGCGGGCGACCCCACCAGAAGCAUCCCAGCAGCCACAGUGGCCCAGACCAACACCCCCCACACCUCGACCUGCCCCACCCAGACCAGGCGACCGGCCCGGCCAGAGAAGGCCCGGGCUGGGGAGACCACUCGGAGCCCGCCCCCCACAGCCCCAGGGAGGCGGAGAGAGGAGGAUACGACGGAUCCCCGGAGGACCGGAGCCGGGAGAAACAGACCCACCGUCCCUCCUCCUCAAGCCCCAGGAAGGGCUCCGGGAGGGGGGAGCCGCAGCAGGAUGAGGCUGGGGGCCCUCACAGGAGCCCGGAGGAGCCCCACAGUCCCCGGCGGCCAGCGGGCCAGGAGCCCAGGGAGAGGAGGGGCAGGUGGGAGGAGGAGCGAGGAGACGCCCCCGUCCAGGGAACCGCCGAGCGCCGCAAGAGAGACGGCGGUGGCCCCGCCUCCAACGCCCCCCGCCCAGAGGGAGCCCGACCACAGCAGCUUGGCCGCAGGGGGGGCAGGCAGAAGGAGAGGGAGAGACAGGCGGACCAGGAGGGCCAGCAGCCCCCGGGGCCGGCUGAAGAGGCGGGCAGGAGGGACCCCAGAGGGUCCAGCAGCAGCCUGCAGGACCCCGUCUACAGCGGGACGUCCGGCACCAAGAAGGCUGCCAUCACUCCGGGCCCCUGGAAGGUCCCCAGUACCUCCAAGAUCCAGUCCCACGGAGAGACGGCUCAUGAAGGGUUUUAAUCUGCUCACAGGGCACCCGAGGUCCAACCAGAAGGAUCAGGAGAAGGAGAAGGAGGAGCCUGCUCCGGAGCAUCGACGGUGAGAAUGGAAGGAUCAACCACUUUGUGUGUUUAUUAAAGAGACAUUGGCAUCACUGUGUAACUAACGACAACAA